ACGAGAUAGGUCAGCGAGGUGGUAAUUCUUGUCGUGGCAUUCUCCCUAAUGUUAAGCUCUUCUACCCGAGGCCAUGUUUAGACCGCCGACUUCAUCCAUUUGUUAGGCUGUUGACAGUUCUUGCUAUUCAAACUUUUUAGGCAGUAAACAAAAAAGCAAACAACUUUUCAAUGCUAUAGGCUACUACUACUAGUAGUAAUGGGGUAAUGUCUUGUGAAGUGUUCGAAACCUAGCGGAGAGACACAACAGAUCUAUGUCAAGUAGACCCUUUAUGCAUGCGUGUAGACUUAGUGUUUACAGACAUCUUCACUAUGAAAUCUGUGUUUGUACUGUUGAAAAUUACCCACCAUAGUGUUUUUGUUUGGGACGUUAUGAUAGGUCAACUUAACUGGUACUAGUUAGUAAACAAGAUUUGGUUUUUAGGGUCUAAUUUUAUAAUACCAAAAGACAGGAAAAGAAACCUGGAGACACAGUGGCAGUGACCGAUGCUGAAACUAGAGAAUAAGGGAUUUCUUGUAAUGAAGACUAUACUACUAUUGUUGCUAGGCCUAGUAGUGGCAGUCAGCGCCAGGAGAGUAGAAAGACCACGAUAUCGUACAGCUUAUGCCUGUGAAGGAAGUUCUCUACACAUUGUUUGUGACAAUGGUUCUUUGAUUCGAUUGAUUCGAGCAAACUAUGGCAGGUUCAGUAUUAGUAUCUGUAAUGAUCAUGGAGCUUUAGAAUGGAGUGUGAACUGUAUGUCGCCUCUCUCCUUCAGGGUAAUGCAAGACAGUUGUGGCAUGAAAAGAAGUUGUAGAAUUCCAGCCUCCACGACAGUAUUUGGCGAUCCUUGCCCAAGAACAACGAAGUAUCUGGAAGCUCAUUACCAGUGUGUUCCAGAAACCACAACUACGCAGAGGCCUCCUCCGCCAAUAACUGUCACACGUCCUUUCUCUUCUGGGAUAAAAAAUAUCACAUCAAGCACAACAAUUAGUACUACUUCAGUCGCUAGCGCGACCACAACGACAACAACAAGUACAACUACCACCACUCAGGCUCCGUAUUUCUGGGGAAAUCCAAUAGUUUUGAAUUCUAGUAUAAUUGUCCAAGAAGUAACAAAAGGUCCUAGUACAACAUCACCAUCACAACGUAGUCCCGAGAUUAAAAUACCACUAGAACUACUUGUUGGUUACUGUCCACCAAUAACUUCCCAUGAACUGUUGUGGAACUGGACCAAAGCUGGAAUAACUGCAGUCCAAGCAUGUCCUGGAGGAGCAGUUGGUUCAGCAAGAUGGGAGUGUGACCUUGAAACAGUGACUUGGAAAACAAGUUUUCCUGACUUGAGUGACUGUAACUCAGUAUGGAUUAGCAAUUUGGGGAAAAGGAUUCAGAAAGGGGACUCUGUAGUAAACCUUGCAGGUGAAUUGGCCAUGAUGACAAAAGUGAAGAAACUAUAUGGUGGAGACAUGAUUCAAGCCACCGAUAUUGUUAACAGACUUGUAUACAAGUUGGAAGAUAUUGUGGAGCAGGUUUCUGAUGCCGCACAGCGAGAAAAAGUGGUUGUAGAAUUGAUGCAGUUUGUUGUUGAUGUUGGAAACAACUUGUUGGAUCAGAUGCAGGAGGAAUCAUGGCAAGAACUGCCUCAUGAUAAGCAAAAGUUGGUGGCAUCUGAUCUAUUAUUAGGCUUACAAGAGAAUGCACACUUAUUGGCUGAUAUGCAGAAAGGUGGGGACCUCUUCAGACGGACCCAGAAAAAUUUAUUGGCCUCAGUACAAGUGAUUGAAGUCCAUAAGGUCAAAGAUAUCUCAUUCCCACGUCCUGAAGAUAUUAUGGACACCCCAUGGAAACGCAUGCAGGAUGUUCUUUACCUGCCAGUGCAAGCACAGCUAGAAAACUCCAAAUCAGGAUUAGUAAAGGUUAUCUUCAUGACUUACAACAGAUUGGAUAACAUUCUUGACCCAACUCCUCCUGAUGUCACUCCUUCCAUGUGGCGAGGCGAACGUGGUUGGAAGACAAAUGCACUUCAAAUCAUCAACAGUAAAAUUAUGGCAGUUUCUCUUGGGAAAUCUCGUUCUGUGUUGUCUAAACCUGUCAUCAUAACAUUAGUUCAUACCCAGACAGAAAAUGUGACAAAUCCACAGUGUGUCUUCUGGGAUUUUACCUAUAGAGAGUGGUUAACUGAUGGAUGCUCAGUAAGGUCUACUAAUUUAACACACACAGUCUGUGCAUGCAACCACCUCACCAAUUUUGCUGUCCUUAUGGAUAUCAAAGGUGUCAAGUUGUCAGUAGAGCAUAACAUGGCCUUACGUGUAAUCACCUACAUUGGCUGUGUUGUGUCUGUUGUAUGCCUUCUUUUGACAAUCCUGACUUUCCAGCUCUUCAGGAGUUUGAAUGGUGAUCGAACAACAAUUCACAAAAAUCUCUGUAUCUGCCUUCUUAUCGCAGAAGCUGUUUUUCUUAUUGGCAUAGAUCAGACUCAUACAAAAGCAUUUUGUGGAAUUGUAGCAGGUCUUUUGCACUAUUUCUUCCUGGCAGCAUUUGUUUGGAUGUUUUUUGAAGGCUUUCAGUUGUAUGUGAUGCUCAUUGAAGUUUUUGAGUCUGAGAAGUCUAGAGUAAAAUUCUACUAUGCUGCUGCCUAUGGGAUUCCUGCUCUAAUCGUGAUGAUUUCCGCAAUCAUUGAUCCUUUCAGCUAUGGCACAAAAGAUUACUGUUGGUUGAAAGUUGACAAUUAUUUUGUCUUCAGUUUUGUUGGCCCUGUUGCAGCAAUUCUUUUGGCCAAUAUGGUGUUCUUGACAAUAGCUAUCUGUAUAAUGUGUCGACAUUCCAACUUAACUGCAACUAUGAAAGCCAAAGAACAAACUAAACUUACAAGUGUCAGUGAUGAGGAUGAGUGCUCCCAUCGCCAAGUCUUGAUUAUGGUUUGGAUACGUGGGGCCCUAGUGCUUGUAUUCCUGUUGGGGCUGACUUGGGCAUUUGGACUGCUCUACCUGAGUAAAGAAUCUGUUGUUAUGGCAUAUAUAUUCACCAUUCUGAAUAGCCUGCAAGGAUUAUUCAUCUUUCUAUUCCACUGUGUUAAGAAUGACAAGGUUCAGAAGGAGUACAAAAAGAUUCUGCACAGGACCCAGUGGCUUCCAGACUGUAUUCGUAAGAGCAAGCAUACAGAACGACGAUCAAGUUUCUACGUACAUUCCAAUGGAACUAUGUCUGCUCCAAACUCUUCCGGACAGCAAACUUCCCCAUCACAAGGAUGGAAUGGAGACCCAACUCACCAGUCAUCAACAAACAGUUCUUCACUUAGGUUUUCAAGUCAAGGCCUAUCAUCUACAGUUUUGGGUACGAAGUCUGGUCAUGAGAGGAAGUCUUCUCGUAGCAGUAACACAUCCACUCGUAGCUUGUCUAAAAAAUCUAAACCAGUCAAGGAGACAACAUUCCCUAUUCACAACAAUAAUGGUAUUGUGGGAGAUCUUUCUGUAGUGGAUUGCUCAGUUAUUGAUUCUGAAUGUGUGACUGACUAUUGCAGUAACAAGCUGACUGCAUACAACACAGCAACUGAACCAAUUAGACUUGGACCAUACGGACACCUUUCUGAAACAGAUGAUAAGCUGAAUCUCUUUCCUGACCAUAUUUAUGAAGCAAUUGAUGAAGAGCAGAUAAUGGAGUAUGGUUCAACAAACUGGCAACCACAGCCUCCUCCCUACUCCACAGUACCCCUCGAUGGACAUAUAAGAAACAACUCUGACUGUAGCCACCAGUCAUCAUCUAGCCUUGCCUGUGAUCAGCACCCUCUUAUCUCUCGAGCCUUUCCUGAAAGAAAUGCUUUGGUCUCAUUAGCUCAGGUUUUGAACAGCGCUCCCAGAAAUGCAUCUCUACCAAUGAGACAUGUCCCCUGUCUACAAAACACACAAAGCCAGGCAGCUUCUGGGAAAUCAUCCAAUACAGUGACAGGAAUGAAAAAUGAAAAUACUCAACCAGUUGAACCAACUCAGUCUGAUGAACCAGAUGGUGAGCAUCUUGAUGUACAUCUUCAUAGUCUACCAAACCUUCACCAGGGAACAGGGGAAUUGCUUCAACAGCUGAAUAAGUAUCCUAGUGACAAUGCUGUGGUGAUGGCAGUGCUAGAUGGUGAAAGAGUGGUAUGUAAACUCCAACCUGAGACCUACAGGAGCUCUUGUAACACUUCUAAAAGUCCCUAUUGUCACAAGGUUAGCGAACUUAGUACGGACUGCUGAUGGAUUAUUAGACAACACAUAAAAACCAGUUGUCUCCGUUGCCAAAAGUGUUGAGCUUAUUAUUCUUCGACUCUUUCAGAUUGCCUUCAUUUGUUGAAAGUAACUACUAAAAAUGUGUUCUAUGAUUUCAAAAACAACAGUGGGCUUGUUUUUGGAGUUAUUCCUUUUUUUCAGUGUAUUAUAGAGAUUAAGCUUCCUGGUAGUGGAUGAGCUUAAUGAUAUCUGUAGAGGUGACUUGGAGAUGAUUAAAAGUAGAGCAUAACUUACUGUCAACUGAUGCACCAAAGGAGGUUUCAAGUGAAAGAACUAUUUAGAGUUUUUUUUUUUUAUGCUCUGAUAGAAUUCUAAACCGUAAGUUAGUCAGUCUUGCAGUGUAUUUUGGGUGAGGUCACUUACUUGUGAAACUCACUAUACGUGUACAUGUAUAUUGAGAAUAAUUAUUUCUUAUUAUUUUGGCUUCAAAUGUGACCCUGUGAAAGGUUGUGAGCUUAAAUAUCUUGCUGUAACAUUGCUCUGAGCUUUUAUGACUUGUGUAUAAUUUUUGGUUUAGAGUGCAUUUGAGACAGCUCCUAAUGUUAUUGUCAUUUAAAACCUAGUUUCAUUUACUCAAAUAAUGUUGGAAAUUUCAUUCGAAUAAUAAUGUAUUGUAUCUGUAUAUGAUAUUUAUCAGUGUAAAGCCAUCUAAAAGUAUAUUGACUUGUCAUUACAUUUACUUUUUAAUAAUAGCACUUUAAGGUGUAGAUGAGGUAUAAUUAUUGUUAAUCCCAUGUCUUUUAUUGGUUACAAUAAACAUGCAAUAAUCAAAGCAAACACUUGUUUACACCCCACCCCCCAAUAUAGAUAUAUUGUAUUAUACAGCAAGCUCCUCUUUAUCUCCUGAAACAGAUCUAUAUAAUAAUAUAAAUUGGAUUUUAAAGCAUGCUUUUGUUUACCAACUGAAGUAGGUCAAUCUUACUGUAAACAAACCAUAAAUUACAAGGUUAUUUUCGAAGGUUAAAAUAGAUAUGGGUUAAACUUAUAUUCCCUGGAAACUACAGUUUGUUUUAACUUGGCAUAACUUAGAAAUUUAAGGAGAAAAGGCUCCAGAGGGAUGUUCAUAAUGUGUGGUAAUGAUACAGCUUUUUCUUAUACCAUCGAGAGUAUUCUAUCUGAUGAUUCUGGUUAUGAAUUAUUGUUCUGCAAUGCAAUUUCCCCUACAGGCAACUUUUGUACAAUACACUGAGGUCAGUGCUGUUAUGCCCUCCAUUUAUAUUUAAAGGCUUUCAAAACUCUCUCAAUGUGUGUAGACGACAAUUUCCAGGGAACCUGUUUUUAGAUACAGAAGACUGUGAGAGAUGUUAGUGAAUGGUAUAGCAUGAAUUCCCAUUUGUGUUUGCAUUGUGGCAAGGUCUGGCAUGUUAACUCAGAUGUGCAAUUAGAUGCUUUGCACUGAGGGAGCCAUAACUUAUAGCCAACCUACCCAUGUAAAUAUGUUAUUUCCCCACAAUAUAGUGGUGUCAGCAGGUUAAUCUGAUAGUAUGGAGAAUUUACCUUGGCAUUUUUCUCAAACCUUUAAUUAUUUAACUUACUCUUAUAACUUUAACAUUCAGCCAUCUUAAAUCACUUGCAACAAUUUUUUGGACCAUUUUUGAAAUAUUGUAUUGUUGGUAGGGGGAUAAUAAAUUAUCCAACCUUCUGUAGAUAUAUGCUUCAUUCAUUUAUAUUUGUUUUACAUGCCAGGUACUACUGGUACAACUUUUAGCAGUCUGUUGGUCUUCUGUUCAGUUAUGUGCUUUUAGAAAAGCUUGUGAAUGUAUGUUGCCUUUGUUGACCUAAAUUCAUGUUAAUUGACUGUUUUACAGUUCCAAGUGAGUUUUUUAUUUUAGCUAUAAUGGACCAUUACAUUCUUGGAUAAGUUCCUGUAACAAAUCAUUUAACUAACUCCCUUCAUUACCUCCAGUGUGUAACAGUAACCAGUUGUGUAGUAGCUUGUUUUUUAACUUCUGGAAUAGCGUCUUUUCUUCUUCUUCUUCUUCUUUUUUUUUUUACCAAUUCAGCUGAAUAUUAUAGAUAUCUGUUUCUUUGAAAUGCAAUAAUUUCAUGCUUUUAGAACACUGGAACAGAAAGCCCUGAAAUGUAACUCUCCCAAAAUGUGUGAGUUUUAAGUACUAUCUGAAAUUUCAAAUCUCCAUACUUUAAUUGAAUGGCAACAAGAGGUUCAGGGCUUUUAACCUUUGUAGUUACAUGCCACAAGGAUUGCCAGAAGCAAAGUGGCUGUAUAUGUAAAUUGUUACCAUAGGUUGUGAACAUCAAGCUUCAAUCCCAGCAAAAUAUUUUAUUAUCAAUGCAAGUAUUUAAAAAAAAAAAAUGAGUUUUAUCAUAGUAUUUCUUCAACAGAAACCUCCAGUUAUUUAUUUUUAAUAAAUGAAGACUGACAGGAUUAUGUGUUGUUGAUAUGGGACCUAAUAUGAACUAAUUUUGUGGGAUGCAUUUUAAGAUGAACAUAAUUGGAUAUAAAUACUUUUGAUUAUUUAUGGUAGAUGUUUGAGGACUACACAACUACUUCUUACCAUGCCACAUUCUGAUAAUGCCAGGUUUUCUUGUAUCCUAACUCAAUUUUUACAUGUGUGUGUGUGUGUAUAUAUAUAUAUAUAUAUAUAUACGACACUAACUACUAACUUAAC